GUCCCAUCACCAGACAUAGCACAGUUUUGGGUAAAGACUAGAUCCUUUUGUAUGAUCCUGGAUUCCCUCUUUAGAUGUCGCUCUUAUUCCCUCCAGUUUCCUAAAGGAUUUCAAUUGUGUCCAAAUAUUAAAAUGGAAGGUUAUGCAAACGUGUACUUUAAAGUUACAUUUUUGGGGGUGGAUACUUUGCUGCAUAUUUUAGGGCUUGUAAAGGACCGACGCAGAAUAACAUUGUGCCAUGCAACGUGUAUAUAUUAUGUACAGAAUAUUUUAUCUGUUUGCGUUCUUCAAUAAACUUUGCGUUUAUUGUUCAUGAAUUGCUCAUUUUUGUGUUUCUUGCCUCGUUUUAGAGUGCAAAAUAUAGAAAAUCUGAUUGCAGGGAACUUGCUUGACCUCACCUGGUGUAGGGCUUACAUUAAAGGGGCUGCUUUCCUCCACGACACCGCCUCUGUCCACAGGCUGUAUGCAAUAUUGCACUACCAGACACAACCCAUGGACGGGCGGUAAGGAUUUUUGGAAGAAAGCAGCGGUUUUCUUUUCUUUUUUUCUAAUCCUGGACAACCCCUUUUAAGUGCCAAACAACAAACGGAAUACUUUAGAUGCUGAUGUGGCAGCUAUUAGACUUCCAAGUGCAGCUUUGGAGGUGACUAGAGUACUGGACAAAGAGGGCCAAUUUUUUUGCAUAGCCCCUCCAUGUUUUGUGUAGUUUGCAUAGUUUUAAUGCCUGCUUGUUUCUAGCCUUGGGCCUGAGAAGUUGGUCUCCUUGCCUCAUCACGGCGGGGGCUGCCCUUCUGGCAGUGGGCGGGUUAAUGAUUGCUGAGGUGUACCUCUUCCGUGGCUCAGACGCUGCCUCUGCCCGCUCACAUCAUGCUUUGUCUUGCUGUUCUCCUCCUGUCCCUCUUAUGCCCACGCUUGGCACAGAAGUCUGAACCACUGAGCGGUCCCAGCUCGGAGCCUCUAUUCCGGGGGGCAGAUCGCUAUGACUUUGCUAUUGUGUUGGGUCCGGCAGGUACCGAAUGCUUCUGGCACUAUGCACAUCAGAAUGGCUUUUUCUACUUUGGGUACGAGGUUCAGUGGACGUCUGGCAUCAUGAAGAACAGACAAGUCUCUGCCUCAGUCCAUGAUCCUAAAGAAUUUCUCAUUGAGACUUCCAAGGACAUGCGUGGGCAAAUCAACUUCCAGACCAAGGAGACAGGGUUUUAUCAGCUCUGCAUAAACAACUGGCAGAACAGCUUUGGCUCGGUCCAGGUGUACCUCAACUUUGGGGUCUUCUAUGACGGAGAAGGACCCGAGCAUGUUGAGGACCACAAGCAGAAGCUAAAUGACACUCUGAUAACCAUCGAGCAAAGCGCUCAGAUUGUACAAGGUCGUGUUCUUCACAUGUGGCGAUACUACAACUUUGCUCGCAUGAGGAAGGGCUCCGACUACUACAGGCUCAUGUCCAACUAUCAGUACGUGAACUGGUGGUCAGCGGGGACCAGCGUCCUUAUCGUGGUCUCAGGCGUCCUGCAGCUGCAUUUCCUGAAACGUCUAUUCAACGUCAAGCCGACCACUGAGGGUCAGAAGCCCCGCUGCUGAGGGGGUCCACACUGAGGGGGGCGACUGCUGCAUCUCGGAACUCUACCUGGACAUUCACACCAAUGGUGGGAUCAAGACUCCUUGGCCUCCAAACCCCUAAUAUAAAUUAGAAAAAAACAUAUCUUCCUGGUGCCGCUCUCUAUACAAACUUAUGGUAUGAAGUCUAUACUGGUUUAACACAAUGGCUGCAUUCACAGUUGUGCUGGCUUCCGAGUGUAAUCUCCCAGUACUCCCUGCUCGCUCGCUGUAGGAAAAGCAGCCGUCCCACUGCAUUUAGGGAUACGUUUUUC